CUGGUUAUCAGAGCAGAGAGACAGAAGGCAGUUUGCUGUAGGCAGGGGAAGCAGUCACUCUCCCUCUCUCUUAACUUUACCGAACACUGGCAUCAACACUGCUAUCUCUAACACUCUGUCUGUCUGUCAUUCGUUUAGUGUCUUAUCCUAUCUUAAUCUUUUCAUCAUUUCAAGGUUUACCAUAUGGAGUCACGGCAUCAUGGGUAUCGUCCUUUCAAUCCAAGUCUUGCAAUGCCAUUCCUGGCCUGGAUGAAUUCCUCCCAUCAGGAAGGUGAGCAGGGUCCAAACUGUGCGACCUCCAUGGGCCCCAACCGGGUGUUACUCCAGGAGCUUCAAUGGCAAUUCGAGCAAAGAGAGUGUCUGGCUCUGGAGGAAGAGCGCCAACAUUGCUCACAUGGUGCUCUAGGAUAUCGCCGGCCUCUCACCCAGAACGGCUUGCUUGCCCUGAUACCAGCGUCCGAAUGCAGACUGCUAGAACGGCUCUGUGCCCGAAUUCCACCCUCACAUAUAGCCACUGUACUCUUCAGGUUCCGUGAGAUUUUGGCUCACAAUUAUGUCGCUCCCUGGGAGCUCGUGUGCAUCUUCAAACAGGUGCUGAGGGAAGAGGUGGGCUACAGGAGGUCUUUCCCUCCAGCCCCACUUCCUGUUUCGCCUUCUCCUGCAGACAUCGACACCCGUGACCGAAAGACUACAAUGUCAUCUUCUCUAGAAGGGCAAGAAAAGCAUCGAGAGGAGAUCCCAACCAUAUCCAGCUACGUGGACAGGCAUUUACAUAGUGCUUGUUCCUAUACUGUCCAAAGGGACUGUCUUCCCUACUUCCGCUCCUUUCCCUAUGACUAGCCUGAGGCCUACAGUGCCAUAAAUAGUUCAGAGACCCUAGUGACCACAGUGUCCUUCCCAUAGGCAAAAACUUUCCCCUGGACACAAACAGGACAGCAAUAGUGUGAUCUGGGUUUGAGUAGUUAGAAUAUUAGAGACUGAGUUUCAUGGGUCAAGGAAAGUGCUUGGACUUAGCUGGCUCUUGACUAAGGCAAGGCUUUUAUAUGCGAUACUGUGAGCACAAAAUGAGUCUAUAAAGUUUCUCGGUCAGUUGGUUUUAAUUUAUUCAAUUUCCACUGAUAAACUAAAUGGGAAUUCCCAAAUAUAUUGUGUCAGUCAUGUCUGUUUACUAGUCAGUAAGAGCUUCGUCCACCAAAUUUAUACAAAAUACUUUCAACAUCAUGAGCCAUAUGAGCUCAGUAAGCUGCACACAGCCACCAACCGACUUACACAGCCUAAUCGGCCCUUUAUCUCAGUUAUAUUUUUGGAUUACAAAGCCUGGGGGAAGAGAAGAGCACAGCUCUCUGUAUGGUUCAGUAGAUCUCUGUAUGCACUGAUCACACAGACUACACCCGUGUAUGUGUGUGUGUGUGUGUGUAUAUGUGUGUGCGCAUCAGUUAACUAAUGUGGUGUUUUCCCUUCUAUGUGUAAAAGGAUAGUGAAAUAUGUUCAUGAAAUACCAGCUAAAGCCAAAUAGUUUUUUGUUGUUUCCCCCCCUUCCUUCAAGGUUUCCUUUAUAUAACUGUCCCUCUUUGCUUAUAAAUGGAUCACAGACCUAAUAUUGUCAGUGUAGCCUACAGCCAAAUGUUGCUAUGCGUUUUAUCAUUUCUAACUUUUGUAAUAUCUUGUAUGUAAAAUAUAUGU